AUGCAGGACAUUCGCCUAACAACCGUCUUGGGAGCCUGCCUCACCAUUUUUCCUGUCUUUACCAACGCAUUUUGGCGCCUUCCCUGCCGUGGGCGAACUGGUGUCGCCCGUUUGGAUCCUAUUGUUGACCCUGGGAUGAUCUCCGGGCACGUGCAUACGGUCCAUGGAGCAGGAAACUUCGGCAUGAGCGCUGAUACGGAGACUCUGCUUGAGUCUAGUUGUACCUCCUGCGCCGUGGAGCAGGACAUGUCCGCGUAUUGGACUCCUGCUCUGUACUUUAUGCACACCAACGGUAGCGCUGAACUGGUUGAAGAGGUCGGAGGCAUGCUUGCUUACUACCUCCUCUACGGAGAGAGUGUUACAGCAUUCCCGGAUAACUUCCGGAUGUUGGCAGGGGAUUCCUUACAGCGAAACUUUACUUGGCCAAUCCCUGACCCGCCGAAAUCUUCAUGGUCUGGCGCCCAGGAAUCACAGGCGGCUCUACGCCAAAAGGCCAUUGGCUUCAACUGCCUAAACUAUGCCAAGGAUCCCGAACCAUCCCUCUACCGUCAUUUCAUGCCGAACAAAACUUACCUCGAUGAACAUUGUACGGACGGGAUCCGUAUCGAGCUGAUGUUCCCAUCGUGCUGGAAUGGCAAGGAUGUCGAUUCAGAGGACCACAAAUCUCACGUUGCGUAUCCGUCUGUCGUGAUGGAUGGCACCUGCCCGGAAGGAUACGAGACGCGCCUUGUUUCACUUUUCUACGAGACAAUCUGGAACACAUACGCCUUCCAAGACCGGGAUGGCUAUUUUGCCAUUGCAAAUGGCGACCCGACUGGAUUCGGGUACCAUGGCGAUUUCAUGUACGGCUGGGAAGAUGGCGUCCUGCAGCAAGCCGUCGACACUUGCACGAGUGAGACGGGCCUGGUCGGCGAUUGCGAAAUAUUCCGUCUCCAGUCGGAAAAAAAGCAGAGAAAAUGUUCCUUUGACAUACCAUCCGGCCUGCGGCAUGAAAAUGUCUACAUGCAUGCGAGUGGAUUGCCUGGAGAUCUUCUGAUCCAAUGGGGCCCGGAAUAUGCCACCAUGACAAUGCCUUCGGACUCGGACUCGGCCACUACAGCACUGCCGCCCGGCAUGUCCAUUCCUUCCAUUCUGCUGCCAUCCCUCUCGCUUAGUCCCACCAUCAGUAUUGGCAACAUGGUCGGUAAUAUUGACGACUUCGGCACCCAAGAAGCUGCGGCUGCUACUACCGUCUUCUCUACCACCACCUCGACCUCCAACCCUACUCCAAUCCCCACUACCUCCAUCGAAGUGGACUCCAUCACCGAAGAGGUUGUCUAUCUGGAACAGGACGUGGUUGUCAAGGUUGACGGAAACGGCACUCCAUAUGCCACUUCCACUGGCACUCUGCGCACGCUCUCUUCGACGACUAUAACCGCUACAUCGACAUCUACAGCGGUCUCGUACGUUGAAAGGGACAUGCCUACAGAACCUGAAAGACGGGAGUACAUUGCUGAGCAUGCUCGCAGACACAUCCACCACCAUCGCCACCUGCACAAGAGGUUCUAA